AUGGGUCCAAGGAUUAAGAAAGAAGAGGAAAGCGAGGCAAAUCUCGCAGCUCUAAAGCUAGAAGCAGAUCGGCCAGAGAAUCUAGGUCCACCUUCGCAUAUUUCGAAGAAAAGCGGGAGGAUCGUGCUAGACUACGUCCUCCUACUCACGAUCAAACAUAUUAUCAAGAGUAGAAAGGGAAAUAACAUACAGGUUAAGACUGAAUCUGAAGGCUACCCUGCAAACCCUUUCCCGCCUUACAAGAACUCGAGGUCCACGUCACCGGAGCUCCUAUUCAACGAUGAUCAUGAAGUGAAGAAAGAGGAAGAUCAAGAAGCCAAGCCAAAGGUCGAGUCCAUGCAAGGCCUUAAAUCACAGGAACAAGCUCCCAGCAUAGAGGAAGAAAAACCCAUAGUCGUCAAGACAGAGAGAAAGCUGAGAAUCAAGAAAGAAGAAACCAUGACGUUCUCCCUUGAUGUUAUGCGUUCCCGCUUCGAGCGCAAGGCCAUAUCCUUGGGCCCAUAUCCCAUCGAACGGAACGAAGUCGUAAAUGGUGGGCUCAUCACUCGAGAGUUUAUCUCUAAAGUCUACGGCGGGAACAUGCGAGAGGCGUACCCCACCAUGGCUCCCGCAAAACUCGCAAUACACGGCUUCAACCACCUCUUCUUCCUCUCAGAUUCCUUCCAACCUCAAGCACCCAAAGGUCCCGGAGAACCCGGUCUCUUUAUCAGCGUAGGGACCGAGGAUGGGAUAGGAGACCUAGGCGUUAGAAAAGUCCUAGUCAGGGUCUCCAGGAAAACGCCUGCAAAGUGGCAGUACCGCGGGGAGUAUCACAUCGACCAGAGUAAAUCUCUAACAGCAGACGAAUGGAGAGCUCAGACACCAGCUCUUCGAAACAUGUGGGCUCGCGAACUCGGCCUUCCGAGUUGUGGGUGGGGUGCUCAAACCAGAGCCCGAAUCUAUAUCCGCAAAACAUAUGAGCGCGAACCACUAGAGAACGAAUGGAAAGGUAUAGUUGCGGAAGGCCUCGACAAGACUAUUACCCCUGAAGAGAUCGCUUUGGCCUUGACGAAAGGAGAGGAGACCCUCACCGUCUUCACCAUGAAGUGUGUCGGCUACGAUACCCGUUUCCAAAAACACUUGAUCAAGGAGUGGGAGAGAUGGACUCCACCUCCUAAAGCUCCUCAACAAAAGAAAGAGGGAGCUGGAGGUGGAGGUGGAGGCGGAAAGAAAAAGUCUGGCAAGAAGGCGCAGCAGUCCGAGCGACCCCCGAAACGACGCAAAGUAUCUCAUUCUUCUGAAUCUAACAGCGAUGAUCAAAGCGACGUGGUCAACUAUCGACCCAGGAUGGAAAAACAGAUGAAAUGGGAGAGCGAAGACGGGAGCGGAGAGGGAAAGGCGUUGGUAAGGCUCCAACCCUAUACUAUCCCUAUAAGCCCCCCGGGGUAUUUAUAG